AUGAGAGAGGUCAAUUUCAGUAUACCAAAUGUCAAUAAGGCUUCCGUCCACAUAACCACCACCCUUUAUGACCGCCGAGCCUUAGAUUGUACCUCCACACUUCCUCUUAUCAAUUCCCUCAACCACCUGGCAUACCUGACCACUUCUUCGGCCCGAAUAAGAGAUAUCCUGACCGUGGACGGAGGCAUCGAACGGCUUGUCUGCAUCUUGAAAGAGGGGCGGAGUAAAGAUGAGAUGCAUAUGUGGAAAUGGAACCUUGCCUUUCAAUGCAUUGUCAACAUUGGCGUGCGAGGCUCCGAGAAUGUGCGUACUCGUGUCGUUGAGGCCGACAUGGUCCCCGUCAUCGCCACUAUCCUUUGGGACUAUGUUCUGGUGAUCGAGCGAGAAAAGGCAAAGGCCGAUGCUGAACAGGCCCGACGAAAUGGACCACAUCACCAUAACAGCUCGAGGUCAUCCAAAUUGUCUCGCGAUCUGUCUCGCGAUAUGUCUCAAGAUUCAAAUGCAAGGUCCUCCUUUUUCGAACACCUCAAUGCUUCCUCCGACCUACGAUCCACCCGUCGCCAGGCACCUCCGCCCUCAUUGGAUAUUCCACAAUCCUUCUCCCAGGCCUUUGGCACCACAGAAUCGGGCCCUGCGGAGGCCAGCAUGACACCCGCAUCAGUACUCACAUCCCCUCCCGAACGAACGGUUUUUCCACGCCCUCAUCUCCAACACCAGAAUCGUAGCAGUGAAGGUCGGAGCACCUUUCAACGCCAACUCAACAUGCAGCCUCCAGCAACUGCAGUGCCGUCCAUGGACGCAUCUGAUGGUUUUUCCAUACGGCCUGUCCGUGAGGUGGAUCGGCUCCCGUCCAUGCUACCCGCUUUGAAUACGGGCGUCACAUCACAUCCUGAUUCUCCCACAACACCGUCAGCCCCCGUCCAUCGAGGCAUGCUUUCUCCCGUCGGACGACGAAUGAGACGCCCGUCUAUUCGUCACCAGAACUCCAUGGGUGGCGAAGCUGAUGAUGCUGUAAUGGAGGAUGUGACAGUAGACGACGAGGGAAUCGUUGACCCCGAUGCACGAGCUGAAGGUCAAAGUCGAGUACCUACUCGAGACCCUAGUCCUCACGAUCCGCAAGACAUCGAUGGGCGCCAGCCAUUGACCAUCACUAUCCCUCCUCAGCAAGCCCGAGAUAUUGAUAAUGUCGACAUUGCCCAGCAAACGCCCAUCGUCGCUGGAAUGGGCAAUCCUCUCGGACCUAUCACACACGAAGCCAUGGGACCAUCUCCUAUACCAACUGUGCCUGCAACUGCCGCCUCACCAGCCAUCCCCCUCAACGCAUACCCAAACUUCUUCUUGCGAAAUGCAACUGCAACUGCGUCCACCACAGCACUGAUGCCUCGAGAUGAAGACGUGCUGAUGGGUCUUCAAUUGCUUGCCUACAUAUCAAAGUACUGCUAUCUGCGACACUAUUUUCAGAGUACACACCUUGUGCCCAGACUUCGGAUUGAUAAAGAAGUCGAACGCAUCUACGGGCCGUCGUCUCGAGGACCCCUCCCAGAGCCUACUGAAGACGAUAACGAGGAAUUUCUUCAGCCUGAUGAUUAUAAUAUCUUCCCAUUAGUUGAAAAGUUCACCGUGAGACAUCACUCUAAAGAUAUGCAGUAUUGGGCCUGUGUCGUUAUGCGCAAUUUGUGUAGAAAGGAUGAUGCCCGAGGAGGUAUCCGCCAAUGUGCCAAUUAUCAAUGUGGUAAAUGGGAAGAAUUCACUCGACAGUUCGCCAAAUGCAGACGUUGCCGGCGUACCAAAUACUGUAGCAAGUCCGAUAUGGGUUCGUUCAACGAUGCCGUAGAAGCUAUUCAGCUGCCAGUCGUCGAUAUCUCAAAGUUCAGCACCGAAGUCGGGAAAGAAAUGCUCAACGCAGCCACCAAAUUCGGCUUCCUUUACAUCAGCACGAGCGGGACAGGAUUUACGGAGGACAUUGUAAACCAUCAGUUCAAACUGUCUCAACAGCUUUUUGCGCUUCCCGAAUCAGAAAUGGAGCCGUAUCGCAUUGAUGAUUCAAACCAUGGAUGGGUCGGAAUGCAGGCUGAGAUUCUGGAUCCCAAAGCGCAGCGAACGGGUGAUUUCAAGCAAGGCUUCAACAUGGGCGAGUUCCUGGAUGGGGAGCCAAAGAAGCCACUGCCUCCCAUACUCCAGGAUCAUCUGGACCACCUGGUGGGCUUUGAGGCGAAAUGCAAGCAGCUGUGUGAUCGAGUCCUGGAUCUGCUUGCCCUUGGACUUGAAGUUGAGGAACCGAACUUCUUCUCCUCGCGUCAUACACAGCCAAGUGGCUGUACGGUCCGUCUUCUGCAUUAUCCCGCGAUCCCAGAGGAUGUGGACUAUCGGCCAGAGGUAGAUAUCCGUGCAGGCGCACACUCCGACUAUGGAAGCAUUACUCUACUGUUCCAGCGGCCAUCUCAGCCAGGACUUGAGAUCCGCACACCAGAAAAUACCUGGGCACCAGUGCCAGUGAUUCCCGAUGGCUAUCAUGUCUCAAGUACAUUCCCUCCCAUUCUCGUCAACAUCGGGGACUUGCUGUCUUAUUGGACCAACGGGCUGCUGAAGAGCACGGUGCACCGAGUCAUAUUCCCACGCAACUCAAAGCGGGGAGGGGAAGAUAGGUAUUCCAUCGUUUACUUCUGUCACCCUGGCAAUGACAUGGAGUUGGUGCCUGUCCCGAGCAAAUUGGUGGCACAGUAUACUCUGGAAGAUGACGCCAAGAUCGGCCAUGGCGGGGGGGCAGGGUCUGAGAGAGCAAUCACCGCCCAGGAGCAUCUGAUAAAUAGAUUGCAGGCGACAUACAAGUUCAGAGGAGGCGCUGCUAGCGGAGACGGUAUCGAGGUUUGA